AUGGACCUCCGGAAAGCCAUCAGUGGACGCCAGGCGAAAACCCUAGAGCUCAGUGAUCCCGUGGGCCUAGCUGAGGAUUUGGGGCGCCCCAGGACUCACGUGUCCGCACCAGCGGCGCUCAGGGCCUUGAUCUGUCUCCUCCCCUUCCUCCUUCCCCGCCCCCUCCCCCUUUCCUCCCCUGAGCGCGGCCGCUGCCGCCUCCCACCCGCGGGAUCCCGGCGCCCGGCAGCGGCUCAUGCGUCCGUCGGUCGGCGGACUAGUCUGUCCGCGCGCGGAAAGCCCAGUUUCCCAGCGCGGCGGCCGCCAGGCCUGGGAGGGAAAAGGCGCGGAGGCGGGACCGCGGCUCCCUCCCACUCCGGGGGGAGCCCAGGAGGCGGCGGAGCUGAAGCGCGAGCCGAGAAGGAGGCAGAGCAGAGGACAGGCGGCAGGUCGCAAGCACGAGUGGGGUGGGGCGUGCCCACGGGCCCCCGCCCCCCUCGUCCCCUCGCCCAGCUCCAGAGCCGCAGCCCGGAGGUAGGCGCCGCACCCCUCCCCCGGGCGUUCUUCAGCCACCAGGCCUUCCAGGACGCCGUGGAGCGGGGACAGGGGGUACAGGGACGCCCCCUUCAGCAGGAGCCGUCGGUGGGGCGGACCCGAGACCAGGCAAGCAGCCCCACUGAAGCCAAGCUCAGGGUCUGGGACGCAAUUGGGAGCGCGGAGGGCUGGCUGGGCGCUGCAGAGAGCAGGCUGGGGCCCGGCCUUCUGGGUGACAGGCCCUGGGCGCCGGAAGAAGGACGGGAGACCAGCAGGGAAGAGACGGGACCUAGAGUAGAGGCCGCUGCCUCACUCUCGCAUCUGAGCCGAGGGAACCAAGGCAUUUAG